UUACGUGGGGGGGUGAUGAAGAUCGAGGAGGUGGAGGAUGAGGAGAGGGAGAGGGGCGGCGGGGUUCAGGGGGAGAUGGUGGUCGCGAGCUACGACACGAAGAGGGUGCUGGUGGGCGCGGGCGCCCGGAUCUUGUUCUACCCCACGCUCUUGUAUAAUGUGUUCCGGAACAAGAUCCAGGCUGAGUUCCGAUGGUGGGAUGAAAUCGAUCAGUUUCUUUUGCUGGGUGCAGUGCCAUUCCCCAAGGAUGUUCCAAGACUCAAGCAGCUUGGUGUUGGUGGUGUCAUCACCUUAAAUGAAUCUUAUGAAACUUUGGUGCCGUCAUCUUUGUAUCAUGCCCAUGGGAUUGACCACCUUGUAAUACCUACCAGGGAUUAUCUCUUUGCUCCGUCUUUCAUUGACAUUGACCGUGCAGUGGACUUCAUAUACAGAAACUCAUCACGUGGCCAAACAACAUAUGUCCAUUGUAAAGCUGGUCGUGGGAGGAGCACAACGAUAGUGCUUUGCUAUUUGGUAAAGUAUAAACACAUGAGUCCUGCUGCUGCUUUAGAGUACGUUAGGUCUAGAAGGCCCCGUGUACUCCUAGCCCCUGCGCAGUGGAAGGCAGUUCAAGAAUACAGCAAGGGCCAAAGAACGAUGGCAGUAUGUUCUCCAUCAGGCUCGGGGGACACUGUCUAUAUAACAAACGAUGAUCUCGAAGGGUACCAGUGCGCCCUGGGAGAUAAUUAUGGUAAGGCGCUGGCCAUCAUCCCCAAGGUGACAUGGUCAAGACCCAUGAUUGCAAGGUUGUCUUGUCUUUUCGCUUCGCUAAAAGUAUCUGGUGGUAUUGGGAGUGUGCCGAGGCGGUUGCCAGUACCGGAGGCUCGCGCGUGCUAAGGCGUUUGUAUGUUUUGGUGACUCUUUUUGGUGUUCGUACAUGAAAAUAAGUUUUUAUUUAGUAGGAAUCGUCAACGGUAUUUUGUGUCUAAGAGAGAGAGUGAUAGUGUGAGAGGAGAGUUCAAGUGAGUAUAAAGACACGAACAUAAGAGUUAUUGUUGUGUGGUGUAUUCUGCUUCAUCUUGUUGAAUAGAUGUGUCUUUGCAAUGAAUUCUGACACCUUUUCUUGUUAGCAAA